UCAAUAGCAGCAUCUCAAUCUCAAGAGUUGGUCGACAUUGCAGAAGCAGACUGUAAAGAGGAGAGAGAAAGAAGAAGCUAAGGCAUUUGCGAUGGCGGCGAAGCAGAGGAAACCACGAGUGACCCGAAACCCAGAAUUGGUUAAGGGAGUCGGAAAAUUCUCCCGAUCGAAAAUGUACCACAAGCGUGGCCUUUGGGCUAUCAAAGCUAAAAACGGCGGCGUUUUUCCUCGCCAUGAUCCUAAACCUGCUGAAGCAGAGCCAGUUGAGAAGACCUCAAAGUUCUACCCUGCUGAUGAUUUGAAGAAGCCAUUGAUUAACAAACGCAAGCCUAAGCCUGCUAAACUCAGAGCUAGUAUUACCCCUGGUACGGUUUUGAUCAUACUUGCUGGGAGGUUUAAGGGAAAGAGAGUCGUCUUCUUGAAGCAGCUUCCUUCUGGAUUGCUACUUGUCACUGGACCUUUCAAAAUUAACGGUGUCCCCCUAAGGCGUGUGAACCAGGCUUAUGUGAUUGCCACCUCGACCAAGGUUGACAUCUCUGAAGUUCAUUUGGAGAAGUUUGAUGACAAGUACUUUGCUAAUAAGACUGAGAAGAAGAAGAAGAAGGGAGAGGGAGAGUUUUUUGAAGCAGAUAAGAAGGAGGAUAAUGUUCUUCCGCAAGAGAAGAAGGAUGAUCAAAAAACUGUUGAUGCCUUGAUUGUGAAGUCAGUUGAGGGAGUGCCUGACUUGAAAGCUUAUUUAGCUGCAAGAUUUUCACUGAAGGCAGGCAUGAAGCCACAUGAGUUGGUUUUCUAAGGGGGCAAUUUUGAAUUAUUGAUUUUGUUCUGUUAAUCUGUGUUUUUGUAUGCUUGCAUAUUGGCAGUACUUCCUGUAUUCCUUAGUCCUAGUUUGCAGUAGACAUGGCUUACAUAUAUUUAGAUUAUGAAAUAUAUCAAGGGAUAUUCUUUGGUCUACCCUUUUCAUCUAGAUGUCUUUUUCCUUGCAGUCAAUGAGAUCACAAUGAAAUGAUCAAGAGUAAGGUAACAUGAAAUGCCUCUGUUUUUGCUACUCUGUUCUUUUAUUUUGAGGUGGGAGGUGAAUUA